UCGUGUGCCCAAAGUCUCUCGCGCGCACUAGCCAACUAGCCACCCAGUUCACAACCAUUUCUUCCUUCCGGUGCGUGCCGUCGUUUUCGGUUGGUUAUUCUCUUGAGUCUUGAUGGUGCUCCCCACGUCCCCGUGCCCGUGCCCGUGCCAUGCCGCUCGCUCUGCUUAAAUCACCGCGCACCCACCGUCCUCUCCAAUCCCAACUGCCUUAUCCAUCGGUGAUCCGCAGGCCAGGCUAUCCUUCCAUCUACCUCCACCGUCGAUCAUGGCCGCCGCGCCGCAGCUGCUCCCGACACUCUUCCCUGCCGUGGCCGCCGUCCUCACCCUGUUGCUGGCCUCGGCGCCUCCCACGCGCGCUCAUGGCUCUUACCGUUGCGGCUGGUGCCCGCGCCGCUCCACCGCGUCCAUCCUCCCUCCCGACGUCGGAGUCCUCACCGGCGCCGCGUGCGGGUAUGGUGGUCCGACGGCGGCGGCCGCCGACGGGGGCUUCCACAUUGCCGCCGUCAGCGCUGGCUUCUUUAACAAAGGUCGGGCCUGCGGCGCAUGCUACCAGCUCAGGUGCCGGGGACGGAGCCCGUGCUCGGAGGGCGGCGUCAAGGUCGUCGUCGUCGCCGACGCGGCGGAGACGAACGUGACAAGAAGAGCAGGCCGUUUCCUGCUCACCAAGGACGCCUUCGCCGCCAUGACCACGCCAGCGGCGAGCACGGACGCGGCCGUCGACGUGGACUUCAGGAGGAUACCCUGCGCGUACAAGAGCAAGAACCUGGCGGUUAAAGUAGAGGAGACGAGCAGCAGGGAGAGGGGCCACCUCGCCCUCCGCUUCCUCUACCAGGGCGGCCAGACCGACAUCGCCGCCGUCGAGCUCGCCCAGGCGGUCAACAACACUGCCAGUGGCACUAGCAACGAGGCCGCGCCGUCGCAGACGUCGUGGCAGUACAUGACCCGGCGCGAGGUGUCCCCGUCGGUGUGGCGCACGCCGCGGGUGCCGGUCGGUCCACUGCGGCUCCGGCUCGUGGUCACCGCGGGCUCCGGCGGCAAGUGGCUGCGCACCGACGGCGUGGUGCUCCCCGCCGAGUGGCAGCCCGGCGCGGUCUACGACACCGGCCUGCGCAUCACCGACGUCGCCGCAAACACCUGCGGGGGCGCCUCCUGCUCCGCCAUGCACGAGGGCGACGACGACGAGCAACUCAGAUGACACGCUCCCCUUGCAUGCAUCCAGGGAUGAACCAGUGACCGGUCGAUGGUCCAUGGGAGCCAACCUGCACGACCACGGCGACGCCACGCACGCACCGGGCGGCCGCCGGAAUGUCGAUUGACGCCAUUGCUGCAUGUACACUGUACAAACAGAGACGUAGUACAUGCAUGCAUGUGUGCGCAUGGUCGACGACGAGCUCUUCGGUUAGGACAAGACCGCCAUGUCCCGCUCUAAACAGAGGAGGUUGGCGCGUAGCUUCACGUGUGGAGGGAAGGGAAGGGACUAAUGCAGAGAAGAACUGUUUGGGUCUUGGAAUUACAUGACAGAGUUGCCGUUUUCGCUGCUCGUCGUCUUCCUCUUUGGCACAGUAUGAGAGCAUUAUUGCUGAUUUAUCAAUUACCGACUAAGGCUUUCAUGAGUGACAGGACUUUUUAAGUCCCAACUUUUAAGUCCCGAGUCUUUAGCUGAUUGUUUAGAGGGACUUAUAAAUCCAUGUUAUCAUUAAUAAUAAAACACUUGUUCACAUAA